ACUACGGCAACCACGACGAGCAAUUGCAGUAGAAAAUGCGGUGAUGUGGAGGUCCCAUACCCCUUCGGAAUCGACGACAAAGAUUGCGCCAUGAGUAAAGAUGACGAUGUGUACUUCUUGCUCAGAUGCAACCGCACCAGCAAUGGUGGUUCUCCUCCGAAACUAAUCUACGGAAGAAACAUCGAGGUUCGCAACAUCGAUGUCGAGAACGCCACCAUGAGCGUUAUCAUAGACAACUCCUACGACUGUUAUUACCAGAACGGCACUUCCUAUGCCUAUUUCGGCCAAAACAUAACGUUGAGUAGUUCCUUUACGUUCUCGGCCACCGAGAACAAGCUCAUGGCCUUCGGCUGCGACACGCUGGCCUACAUGACCGACUAUGGAAACAAUUUCGGCAGUGGCUGCGUCUCGAUUUGCAGUAAGGAAGUGAACAUGUCUGCCGAAACCUCGUGCUCGGGGUUAGGCUGCUGCCAGACCUCUAUUCCCAAGCAUCUCCAGACUCUGCUCAUACAACUCCUCAGCUUCAACAACCACUCCGAUGUUUACCCUUUCAACCCUUGCGGGUAUGCGUUCUUGGCGGACCAGAGGAGUUUCGACAUCUCCAAAAUGCACCUCGGUUUUUGGCCGAGUGCUGUAGAGAAUUCUAGCGUUUUGCUGGAUUGGGUUGUGGGAAACCAGUUGUGUGAGGAGGCUAAAUUGAAUUCAUCUUCGUAUGUUUGUGGCCAGAAUACUGAUUGUUACGACUCCGACACUGGUCGUGCAUAUCGUUGCCGGUGUUCCAAGGGAUUUAAGGGAAAUCCUUUUCUCAGACAAGGCUGCGAAGACAUAAAUGAGUGUUUAGAGCCAGAGAAGUACAAAUGCAGCGGAGAAUGCAAAAACAUAGAUGGAGAUUACGAAUGCAAAUGCCCACUUGGGAUGCAUGGCAAUGGUAAAGAUGAAAACUGUCAAGGAUUCGGCAUUACCACAAUUGCCACAGUUGUUGGAGCAAGCAUUUUUCUGGUGAUUAUAGGUCUACUCCUUUUCCAUGACUAUAAGAGAAGAAAAAGAGAGAAAAUCUUCAUACAAAACGGUGGUUUGGUGUUAAAGAACCAAAGAAUAAGAAUCUUUAGCAAAGCAGAGUUAGCUAAGUCAACCAAUAACUAUAACCAAUCUAAUUUGCUUGGCCAAGGUGGUUUUGCUUCAGUUUACAAAGGAGUAUUAUCAAUUCAAAUAGAAGAUGAAGCCAGUAGUUCUACUGCUAAUACCACUCAACAGAUUGCCGUGAAGAAACCGAAAUUCGAUAAGGACGAUCAUGACAAGACCAUACAAAUCAACCACCAACAAUUCCAUGAAGAAAUCGCCAUUGUUUCCCAAGUCAACCACAAGAAUGUGGUCAAACUCUUAGGCUUAUGUCUCGAGACCAAAAUCCCACUUCUCGUUUAUGAGUUGGUACCAAACGGAACCCUCUCUCAACACAUCCACACCAAGAGAUCAUCUUCAUCAUCACCAUCAUCAUCAGCCAUGUUAAGGCCAUGGAAAACUCGAUUAAGAAUCGCUACAGAAACUGCUCAGGCCAUUGACUAUUUACACUCUCUGGCUCACCCUCCAAUCAUUCAUCGAGACAUUAAGUCGACCAACAUUCUCUUAGACGGAAACUACACUGCCAAAGUGUCUGAUUUCGGUGCCUCGGUUUUGAUACCUCCGGGCCAAACUGGUAUAGCCACGACAGUUCAAGGGACACUCGGUUACUUGGAUCCAGAGUACUUGACCACUGGCACAUUGACUACGAAGAGCGAUGUUUACAGCUUUGGUGUCCUGUUGGUGGAGCUAAUAACAGGAGAAAAGCCGAUCUCAAAUGGGGUUAGGAGUGGAGCCAGAAGUAAUAUUAUUCAGUUCUUUGUUUGGACAGUAAGAGAGAAUUAUAAUAAGGGUGAGAGGUACGUGGAGAAGAUAGUGGAUCCUAAGAUUGUUUACGAUGAGGAGCACGAGAGGGAAAUAGAGUUAGUUGCUGAGCUCGCAAUGAAGUGUUUGGAAGGAGAUGGUGGUCGAAGGCCGUCGAUGAAAGAAGUGGCAGAUGAGCUUGAGCUUGUUGGGUUUAACAAGCUUAAACAGCAAAGUAGUAAUAAGUACUGUAAGUCUGGAAAGAAUAGUAGCGAGGAGACAAAGCGAUUACUGUUGGAUCAUGAUGAUCGGUCAUCACGUAGUUCCAGCACUGCUGCUCAUGAACCGGUCGAGUAUACUACAUUUGAUGUGUUGGGAUAUGAUGCGGAGACUUCAUCAUUUUCCAUAAACUAA